CAAAAACUAAGAUAUUAGAACAGCAUUUAAAAUGUAAAGACAAAUCUUACAUAUAAUUUUCUUUUGGAUUAUCUCUAUUUGUUAUACAUAUGCCAAAACACUAUGUAUUAAAAUGUUAAAGUGUUGUUUAUUGAUUAAGUACUGUUGUAAUGUUUUAUUAAUAGAUAAUGUAUUUAACACCAUAAUUAUUAAAAACAAGUCAAAGAAGUAACCAUUCUAACUGAAUUUGUUUAACCCAGACAGACUGUAUAUAGUAGCUUGAAGGCAACAUGAAUAGAAGCCAUUUGAAAACAUAAACAUCCUGCCUUGAUAACAUACCACACAAAAGCAUGCGCAGUACAUUUCAUGCAGUCAUUAGCGUUUUGAUUAUACAAGAUACAAGAUACAAGACAUCUUUAUUGUCUAUGGUCGCAGAGACAUAGAAAUUUUUCUUUGUUGGGAGCUUCCGCAAAAAAAAACAACAACAACAAAAGAACAAGAAAAAUCUGUUCCCAUGCAUGGAUCAGCAACUGCCAGCAAUCUGGUAUGUUGGUCUGAGAUGGGGAAGAAAAUUCUUCUAUGUAUCCACACCGACUAUGUAAAACUUCAGAAUUCCUUGGAUGAUAGGAGCUGCUGUUGUUGCUGGUUUCUGAGACAAGGUUAAUUAAAAGUAUGUUUAAUGUGUUAUCCUUCCCUUAUCCAGCUCUGUAUUGAAUGGCUGUUCUGUACAGUCGCCAUUGUGAGGUUUCUUAUGACAUGGACGACAUUUUGGAGACCUGUUUAAGAGUGCUAUUGCAGUCGGUAAAAAUGACUUGGCAAAGGCACUCUUCUUGACGACCCCUUGCUGCCAUCUAUGGCAGGGGGGUAGCAGUUGAAAAUGGCGAUGAAAAUGGUCUGUGAUGAUGCUGAUCGCUUUUAACCUCACAGCCCUGAUGUGGAGGUCUUUGUGGGGAACCAAUGAUAUUACUGACACUCUUGACAACCCUCGUCAGACAAGCUUUAUCUUUGACAAAGAGAACGCCAAACCACAUCGGUAUGUUGAAUGUUAUGAUGCUCUCGAUUAGGCUGCGAUAUACUAACUAACUCGAGGACAGGGCUACUGACACCAAAAUUCCGCAAUUGCCUCAGCAGAAACAGGCGCUGAUGUGCUUUCCUGGAAACAACGCUGGUGUUUUCCUGAAAGGACAGUUUAUUGUCUAGCACUGUGCCGAGGUACCUAAAACUUUGCACCUGUUCUAUUAACUUAUUAUCAAUAAUUAUGGGGGUGUGGACAGGUUGAUAUUUUCUUCUCUCAAGGACCACUUCCUUAGUUUUGGAGACAUUGAGCACCAGGAAGUUUUCUUCAAACCAUGAGUGUAAUUUCUGAACCUGGAGGAAAUAGCUUGCUAGUGACUCCUCAUCCUUGAGCCUAGCAACCAAUGGCAUAUCGUCUGCAAACUUAGGAAACAAUUUAAGAAUUCUGUCCUGACUUCACUAGUAUAAACAGAGAGCAGUAUCGGGGACAAAACACACCCCUGUGGGGCUCUGGUAUCAAUCAGAGUGUUCGAGAUUGUGUCUCCCAAGCUGACCCUCUGUGGCAGGUCCCGGAGAAACUCCCUCAUCCAGAGCACUAGGGUUGAGUUAACAUUUAGUGCUAGGAGACGUUGUAAAAGCAAGUGUGGUUGAAUGGUAUUAAAUGCAGAUGAAAAGUCCAUGAAUAGAAUACGGGCGUAUGUAACAGUGCCAUCCAGGUGUAGUGAGUUUGCAGUUGUGGAUAGCUUGGCAGGACGAGUCUUCAUACAACCCCUGGAUACUGUUUUUGAGCUUAGGCGGAAUGCCGUAGCGGAUCAUCAGCCUACAGAUGAAGUCCCUCUCUGCACUGUCAAAUGCCUUCUUAAAGUCCACAUAGUCUGCUUCUAAAUUUCAUAAGCAGUUUCAAGUGCUCACAAUGGAUACAUUUGCUUGGAUUUGUGCAAUCAUGUUUACGGCAUGUCUACCUGUGCAAGUGGACUGUGUCAAAGAUAAUGGCACAUCACUUCUGCUAUAUUAUAUUGAAAUACUUCCCCUUGUUUGUUCGGCGAGUGUCAUAUACAUAAUGCUUUUCGCGUCCUUGUUUUCAAUCACAGCUUCAUACAUUCAAAAGUGGAGACGAAAAAUCAAAUGGCCGAAUCUCUUUCUUUUCCUUUAUUUCCAGACUUUUGCAAAGGACAACGUAUUCACCCAAAUUACUUUAUUGGAAAUCACCUCUCAAUCCUUAUGUUACUAUCUUGGGAAUAGUGUAUCCUAUUUUCUGUCGGUGGCAUCCAUGGUGGUAACUUUCAUGAUAUUCGAAUUCUUUUUUUUGAUAAAGUGGAGACAUUUCAUACAGCUCGACAGUCCUAAUCAAGAGUUUAGUACUUUCGACAUGGAAACAGCAUUUAUGGAGUACAUAAUGUUUGCCUGGACCAUUGCGUUUUUAGCUGCAUUUGUGUUCAUAUCACUUUUCUCUGUGGUAUCCCAUGUACGCCUGGUGACAUCAUUGGUGAUAGCACUCGUUCCAUGCAUUUACAUCUCAUGGAAGCAGUUGAAAAUUCUAGAACACCAUAGGGAACAACAAAACCCUGGAAAUAGUAUUCACGAAGGGGAACAAGCACUCAUGAAGUUUGCACUGUUUUGCAUGAGCAUGGUUAAUAUAGCCACAUGCGUAUUCGUAGUCGUAUUCCUAGUGCAACAUCCCGUUGCAUCUCCAUCUGUGACCAAAAUAUUGUGCUUGGUGAUCCUUCUUCCAUGCGUGUUCAUCCUUUGGGAUCAGUGGGAACGUAUUGAGCUUCAGCUCCUGAAUUACCCACGCAGCCACUAUCUCCAAAGGGAAAAUGCACUUCUUCAUCACCCAUCAUUAGGCUGGACAGCUGGUUUUUAUGCCGCAUGUGCAUAUCAAAUGCUGUACCCGGUGUUAUCUCCAGUGGUUUCACCAGUAGUAUUCCUACUGAAGUACUCAGUCAAUCUAUGGAAGCACUGAGUUGAACUGUGUAAAGGUGCUGUACUUGUGAGAGAUGUUAAAUGUACUUUAAACGUGUUAUGUAAAAUAAAUAAAGUUUAAUAAUUUUAUUUCGCUAUCUUUUAUCAUUCCUGAUUUAUCACCUGCAAGCUACAGAUUGCUGUGUCAGUGUAGGACGGUUAUUUUCAAUCAGAGACCCAUGUGACUCUUAAAUAGGCGAUUUGAUCGAAAAGAUUCUGUAAUGAAGAAACCUAGCAGAACCCUACAUGAAAUAUUCAUGACUAAGAACAUUUAAUUUAAAAGAAGAAAUAAAAAUGUUUAUAUAAAUGUAGAUGUUUAGUAAAUGUUUAGCCUGAUGUGCUUGACUGUUUAGAGACUGAUGCUGGUAAACUCCAUUCUUUUCCAAGUAGCUGCACGGCAGAUAUUGUCAAUUGUCGGGUUAUCAGAUAAACGAAGCAGAUAAAAAGGCUUUGGAGCUAGUUGCUUUGCUAAAAAAAUGUUGAUCUCUCCAAUACAAAUGUUCUAUUUUUUCAGUUACUGAUUCUGUUACUACCUGUAAUGACUUUUUACCUUUUUUUGUAUUCAUUACCAUUAUUAGAGUCAUGUUAUUUUGCAUUAAUGACUAACAUCUGAUACCAGUAAUAGCUAGAAACAACUUUCAAUGUUUUGGUUUAUUAAAAAUAUUCUGAACGAUGA